AUGAAUUUUGGCAACAAGAUUUUCGAGGACUUUGACAGUGAUCACCUCCCUAGCAACUCCAGUCUUCAAUCGCCAGAAGACAAAAAACCAGAAGAUCAAUUGGAAUGGAUUGUGGAUGAGGACGAGGACGACUUGGAGGAAGUUGAUAAUGACGGUUGGGUGGCUGAGCAGGAAGCUGAUUGGGAACCUCCUAUUCAAGCUGCCGAAGAACCGGCUGGCAUCAAUGACAAGAAUAUUCCCAUGGACGAAGAAGACACGGUGGCUGACCUGGAUCAACGCACGCGUAUGCGUCGUUAUGAGGCAGAGCUCCCCUUGCACCAGGGUCCAUACAUUACCAAAUUUCCAAUCCAGAGUGCCGGAGCAAUUAUUGAUGAUGAGUUCAUGCAAGCCGAACAUGGGUAUCAGUCUUACCAUGAUAAACUUCAUGGGAACAAUUGGGCACCCUUCACGUCACGCAUCGAUUACAAGGUUGCUCGAUGGGCGAAGCUGCGUGGCCAAGGCUCCACCGCGUUUUCAGAUCUGCUUGACAUUGAGGGUCGACAGGAAAUCUUGAUGGCAGGAGAGGCAUUUGAUGUCUAUUUUUGGGACAUCAUUGAGUGUGUGAAGGCGUUGUUUGGGGACCCUGAACUCACUCCUUACCUCGUGUUUGCACCCGAACGACACUAUUCAGAUGAGGACAAGACUCAGCGCCUCUACCAUGAGAUGCAUACAGGGCAGUGGUGGUGGCACACUCAGGUCACCAUGUUUCGAAACAAGGCCGUGUACCUGAUUUACAUGACUAUCAGAAACCUACCCAAGGAAAUUUGGCAGCGACCGUCUCACAAUGCGCAGAUACUUGUUGGUUAUCUUCCAACAACCAAGCUCGAACACAUCACCAACAAAGCUGCAAGGAGACGGUGUCUUGCAAACUUGUUCCAUGCGUGCAUGUGUCAUAUUGUUGUGCCACUUGUUGACCCAAGGAAGUAUGGGAUGCCGAUAGCUAGUGGUGAUGGGACCGUUCGUCGUGGUCAUCCUCUCAUUGCAUGUUAUAUCAGAGAUUACCCAGAGCAACUCUUGGUGACUGGAAUGAAGACUGGAGAGUGUCCGAAAUGUGACAUACCUUCGACUGAGCUCGGUAGCAAAGACCUUCCGUUUGAGCUGCAGGAUUUGGAUGAAAUCUUGGACGCACUGGCAUUAGCUGAUGAAGAUCCGACUCAGUUUGCGAAGGCUUGUCGUGAUGCUGAUGUUCUCCAUCAGUUAUAUCAAGGGCUGGUGAAGCACAUGAUCUCUUGGAUUAAAUCUGCUUGUGGGGAGGCGGAAAUUGAUGUGCAGUGCAAGCGUUUGCCUCCAAACCACAACAUCCAGCUAUUCAUGAAAGGCAUUUCGGUUCUGUCACAAUACCCAUGUCACUCUGAUUUAACAUUGAUGCUACUCAGCGACGCACUCAAUCAAUUUCACGAUAACAAAACUAUCUUUGUGGACCUGGGCAUCCGUUCGUCAUUCAACCUCCCCAAGCUUCAUUCAUUCCGACACUACCUCACAAUGAUUCGCAUGUUCGGAACCAUGGAUAAUUACAACACAGAAUAUACUGAACACCUUCACAUUGACCUAGCAAAGGAUGCGUACCGUGCAACAAAUCACAAGGAUGAAUACAUGCAAAUGACGCUGUGGCUUGAGCGACGAGAGAAAAUGUUGUGGCAUGCCAAGUUUAUUGAAUGGCGACUGCAUGUGGGACCUUCCGCAUCAUCAGAUCAUGUCCCUCGCCCCCUAGCCCACUCCGACCUCGUAUAUCUCCAACAACCCAAGCUAGCGAAGCACCCGUCUGUUAAACAGGUGACAUUUGCAUCGCUGGCUGAUCAUUAUGGUGCAGUCCAUUUUCAAGCAGCUGUGGCACGUUUCAUCGUGCAAGUGACGCAGACUGAUUUGACUGCGAGGCAGUCAGAAGACGCUGCCUGCGAUGUCAUUCUCCCGUUCCAGUCCAUUGCAGUAUUCCACAAGGUCUGCUAUGGUACUGUUGAUGAUGAUGGCAUGUUGGGCAUUGAAGCCAAUGUCAGGCGUGCUCUAUUUCACAAUGUCAAGGUACCUGAUCACCUGGCGUAUGUCGAAUGGUUCACAGCCUUCUCUGCCACCCCAGAUAUCAAUCACAGCAUGUAUAGGGUUUCGUGUUCGCUUCAGGAUGGUGACAGGCAAGCAAGCAUUGUUCCUGUUGACAAUAUUCGACGCUUGGUCCACUUAAUACCAAAGUUCGGUGCAGUGACUCCACGUGACUGGAGUACGAGCAAUGUAUUGGAUCAGUGUAGUACAUUCUUUGUGAACGAGUUUACUGACCGAGACGCCUUCAAAGCUUCAAUGAUGAGUGUGUCGUUUGAGUUCUGCGACUCUGUGGCGGAGAAGGAGAAUUGGAUUCCUGAAAAGCAGUGGUCCACGCUCACCUUGCCAGGACUCUCCAGAUGGGAACUCGCCCAUCAAAAACUCGCCUAUCAAAAGGUUCUCACAAAGGUGCCAGGACUAAAAAACUGUUGA